AUGUUUGCUCGUUCGAAUUACGUAUGGCUACUUUGUUUUAUGUUAAUAAUGAGGACCUUUUCUGAUGGUAAACCUCAAAAUUCCAGCGUUCAACCCGUCAAAAAAAGUAAAGCAGAUCAGAACUUUGUGGUGAACAAUAAUUGUGGAUUGGAAAGAGGAGAUCGUGAAAUGAUGAAGUACAUUAAAGAUAAAGUGGAUUACAUCGCCGAACGAUCCACAGAUCAGAGAGGGUCGGCCUGUCCAGACGGUUGGGUGCGCCAUGGAAAUUCCUGUUUCCUCAUCAUCGACACUCCAACCUUGGAAUGGGAAGACGCCAGACGAAACUGCCAAAGGUUCGGCGGAGAUCUCGCAAAGAUCACAUCGAGCGCAGAGAAUCAGUUCAUCUUCGGGCUCCUCCUCAAGCAGAAAAAAGUAACCCUAUUUGGUGUUUGGCUUGGUAUUCAUCGUAAGGCAGACAAUAAGUUCUACUGGGCAGAUGACACUCCACUAACUGGCUACAAAGCUUGGUUUCCAGGAGAACCAAAUAACUUAAAUCGCUCAGAGAAAUGUGGUCACAUGUGGGGAACAGGUUCCCGGAAAGGGAGAUGGAAUGAUUAUACCUGCACUGCUAACAUUUCACGGCAUGCCGCCAAAGAUGCUCCUGUGAUUCUUUGUCAGAGAAAGGCUAAUCAUUAG